UCAUUUGUUAUAGGAACACCAGCCUAUUAUGUCAUCACACAAUGUGGAAACAAAGUACAUGAAAGCAAAGUAUCAUCAGGUAAGGACAAACAAGCAUGGUGGAAUGAGAAAUUCAGGUUUGAAUUUCCACUAAUUGAUUGGAAACACUUGACCCAUCUAAAAUUCAGAAUCAUGGAUAAGGAAUUCUUCACAUAUGGCGGAUUUGUCGGUGAAACAAUAAUUUACCUUGGAGGAAUAAUAGCUGAUGGAAUUGAUAAGGGAAUUCUAGAAGUAAAACCAGUUCCAUACAAUGUGGUGCUUGAAGAUGACACUUACAAAGGAGAGAUAAAAAUUGGACUCAAAUUCAUUACCAAUAAAGAACUGCUUAUGGAGACAAGGGCGUUCAUGGCGCCAGUGAAUGAACCAAGACAAUCAUUAUGCAGAUGUAUUAUCAAUCACUUGAAGUCUUCAUGGUCAAGGUUGUAUUUUUAUUGUAAUCAAUUGAUAUCCAAGAGUAAGCCAAAGGAAAAUUAGAAGGCAUUCUAAUGAGAAGCUAAACUUUGUAAAGAAAUCAGCAAAGAUAGAUUCUACCCUUGAGAUUAGGAUAACAUUUUGCUUAAGACUUGGCAGAGUAGAAUUUAUUGCUUAUAGGCCAUAGCCUUGCCAUACAUAGAAUUUUAGGUCUGUUAAUGUGAUUAGACAACAGGGGGUAUACUAUUGACAGACACUUGAUGGCUCAGACUCAAUAAGACCAACCAGCUGAGUAAUGUAUUCUCUUCCCAUUUGUUAUUGGCCUAGAGUGAAGCUCUUGAAUAAUCUAUUUCUGUUGAUCCUUGUUUGGAACUUAACUUUGUUAGGUAACUGUAUGGGCACAAGACUUACAAUUGAAGAGUCCUUGAAUGAUUGAUCAACUUUGCUCAGUAACUUCAUGGGCAAGAAGAUAUAUUGUUUUAGUAAUUGUUAUGGGUGAGUAGACUUACUAUUGUUUUGCUACAUAAAAGUUUGUUCAUGCAUUUGCUUCAUAGAGAAAUAUUUGAUCUGAA